CCAGUAGGGGGCGCAUGGAACAUCCGGGGAGAAUGAAAACUACACUUCCCAGCAUUCCGCACGCCCACAAUCACUUCCGGAAUCAGUAAGGGAGAUGGCGGCGUCCGAGGAGCACGAUUCUCCGGCUCCAACACCCCAGCCGGCAGUGGAGGAGGAGGAAACGAAAACAUUUAAGGACUUGGGUGUGACAGAUGUGUUGUGUGAAGCCUGUGACCAACUGGGAUGGAAGAAACCAACCAAAAUCCAGAUUGAAGCUAUUCCUUUGGCCUUACAAGGUCGUGAUAUCAUUGGGCUGGCAGAAACUGGUUCUGGAAAAACGGGAGCCUUUGCUUUGCCCAUCCUGAAUGCCCUGCUGGACACACCCCAGCGUUUGUUUGCCCUGGUACUCACCCCUACUCGCGAAUUGGCCUUUCAGAUCUCAGAGCAAUUUGAAGCUCUGGGGUCCUCUAUUGGAGUACAGAGUGCUGUGAUUGUAGGUGGAAUUGAUUCAAUGUCUCAGUCUCUGGCCUUGGCGAAAAAACCACAUAUUGUGAUAGCAACACCAGGUCGGCUGAUCGAUCAUUUGGAAAAUACAAAAGGUUUCAACUUAAGAGCUCUCAAAUACUUGGUUAUGGAUGAAGCAGACCGAAUAUUGAAUAUGGAUUUUGAGACAGAGGUUGAUAAGAUCCUCAAAGUGAUUCCUCGAGAUCGGAAAACAUUUCUCUUCUCUGCUACCAUGACCAAGAAGGUGCAAAAACUUCAGCGAGCAGCUCUGAAGAAUCCUGUGAAAUGUGCAGUUUCCUCCAAAUACCAGACGGUUGAAAAAUUGCAGCAAUAUUAUCUUUUUAUUCCCUCUAAAUUCAAGGAUACUUACCUGGUUUAUAUUCUAAAUGAAUUGGCUGGAAACUCCUUUAUGAUAUUCUGUAGCACUUGUAACAAUACUCAGAGAACAGCUUUGCUACUCCGCAAUCUUGGAUUCACUGCCAUUCCUCUCCAUGGACAGAUGAGUCAGACCAAGCGACUAGGAUCCCUUAAUAAAUUCAAGGCAAAAGCUCGUUCCAUUCUUCUAGCAACUGACGUUGCAAGCCGAGGUUUAGAUAUUCCUCAUGUGGAUGUAGUAGUCAACUUUGACAUUCCUACCCAUUCCAAGGAUUACAUCCAUCGAGUAGGUAGAACGGCUCGAGCUGGGCGCUCUGGAAAGUCAAUUACCUUUGUCACACAGUAUGAUGUAGAACUCUUCCAGCGCAUAGAACACUUAAUUGGGAAGAAACUGCCUGUCUUUCCAACACAAGAUGAAGAGGUUAUGAUGCUGACAGAACGUGUGACUGAAGCACAAAGAUUUGCCCGAAUGGAGUUACGAGAACAUGGAGAAAAGAAGAAACGCUCACGGGAAGAUACUGGGGACAAUGACGACACAGAAGGUGCUAUUGGUGUCAGAAACAAAGUAGCUGGAGGGAAGAUGAAGAAGCGGAGGGGCCGCUAG